AUGAAAAACAUAAAGGUCCUUGAGAAGACACUGGACAGACACCACUUCCACCCUCUGAACUUCUUCGUUCCAGUUGACAUUAAACAAGUCAAGCCUUACGAAGUCAUGAGCGAUUGCACAAUUGUGUCGGUGUUUUCGUUCUACUCUGAGUCUCAGAAAGAACACUUGUUUCUCAAAGUCACAUCGAGUGAGUCAAGACAGGACAAAGAAAACCUGACUUACCAGAUUGAAGACAAGCCUCCAUGAAUGCUUAAGAAACACAACUCGUUCUCGUUCACAGAGAAAGACGGAAAGACUUACUUCUACUCGAUCUACGAAUUCAUCGACGAGACACUGGAUGACUUCAUUCUGGAGAGACUCGAGUCGUGUAAUUUUGACGAAAUUUAUACAAGCACCAAUUCGGUUAGUCCCAGCUUCAUCAAGCCUUGGGCCACUGGAGCUACCGUUGUCAUCAAAGGGAGCAGCCCACAGCCAAUGGUCAAGGCGCCAGACGAAGAAGCCAUGCGCGAAGAUGAACUCCUGUAUUUGUGGAAAAUUGUAUAUGCAUUUGCUGACUUGCAGAAAGCCAGAAUCUGCCAUCUAGACAUUCGGCCUGACAAUAUAGCUGUUGUUCCAUUUAGCGAAGCCGACCAUUUUGAAACCAGGAAAACCGAGUCUUCGGACUGAGCCGGACUCAGAAGGUCUGACUUCCUCAAUGGCAUCUACAGAGGGUCCGAGAUCGACACGAACUAUGGCUCGUGUGGGCCUGGCUCGAGAGCCAGCUUCAAGUCUUGUAAAGAACGUGGCAGGAAAACAGAGUCUGGGCCUUCAAAUGGCAGAGUAAGCAGAAGUUCUAAGCUCAGCACCAGCAAGUACAACAGCAGAGGCUCUCAGUUCUGCUCUGGCUUCGACAAGUCAAGCAGCAAGCAAGAAAAACCAAUCGGAGCCAGAUCCACUGACUUAAGCAACUCAUCAAUCAUCGAUAAAGUGCAGCUCAAAGUGUUUAACUUCGAUGCUGCUGAAGUGAUUGACGCUUCGAUCCCUGACAAAGAAGUCGAGUACGGAAUCCUGAUGAAGGACUACCCUUGCUUCAAUGACAUUUAUGCAUCUAAGCACGUGCUCGAUUACAUCGAAGCCAACUCGAAAAAGCAAAAGCCUAAUAGCGACACCGAGUCUUUACAUGUCUACAAGCUGUGAGUGUCUGGAUCAAGACACGGAAUGAGAUAUGUCAAGAAGAUCAACCCGUUCAAAGAAGAUGUCUUCUCCUUCGGAAUGACACUGCUGCAGCUCACCAAGCUCAUUGGAGAGGAAGAACUCAUGGGGAUCAGAGAACUCAUUGCCAACGAACAGUACAAAGAAGCCCUAGAUGACUUGGAAUAUUCAUUCCUUGUGAAAGUGUAUCUACGGAUCCUUUUGUGCAACAAUUCAGAUGAAAGACCAGACUUUAUCCAGGCCAAGAAGCUUUACAACCAACUAUUCUUGAACUCCCCUGAGGCCACUGAAGAGCUUAAUGAAACCCUAGAACUAUCCAUUGAUCUUGACAACUGAGAAGUCGAACUUAUCUGUGGAAUUAUUGACAAAUUCUUUGAAACCAAAAACCAAAAUGCUCUGAUUGCGACCAGACUUCACACUUUGGUGUGAGACACUCCAGUUGCCGAAGGGUCUGGAAACAAAAGUUCUAAAUCAUUCAAGAGUUUGCCAUGCUCCAACAUUAAAAGGCUUCCGGACGAAAACCACUACCACCCUCUUCAGCCUCUGAAGCUCGACGAGAAGUUCUCCAAUUGCAAUCGAGCCAACAGAGAUUCAGACCCACACAAAGCCAACUUGGAAAUCGACGAAAACUUCUGAUUUUCGAAAGUAAAGGCUCAGCCAGCAUCCAAAAUGAUGAAAGAACAGAUUUCACACUCGAACAAAGUAAUUCGGUGUCAUGCUCACAAUAGGCCAGCCACAGAGGCCUGCAUGCUUCACCAUUACGGAGAAUAUUUCUGUGACAUGUGUAGCCACAAGUGAGGAGAAGUCGAGCAACUCGUCCAAGACUUCCAUCCUACAAGCUCUAAAGCUGCUUUAAGAGAAGUUCAAGACAACACCCAGAGAAGAGUCAGCAGGCCUCGAGAAGUCAUUCCUCGAACGAGUAGUGAAGCAGAAGUUGACAACUUGUACUUCGCAAUAUUUGAUAACAUGAAAGAGCUACAGACAGAAAUCAAAUAUGCGAGAAACGGUAAAGGCUCCGAUCUUGUCAGUGAUAUGCAGAAAUAAGAUUAAGGCUUGAUGUAAUGACCUCAGAGCAAUCAAUAAAGAACUUGACUUUGAAUACCGAAAUAAUAAUUCUUACGAAAUCCACAAAUUAACUGAGGAGUUCAACAUGAUUGAAGGAUAUGUCCGAGACAUCCGAGACGAAACCGACUACUUCCAUGGCAUCAUUAAUGACGAGCUUGGGUCAUACGAGUAUAUAUCAGAAGAACUAAUCCUUCACAUCCACAAGCGAAUUAGGAAAUAUUUCUAAGCCAAAAAUUAAAACU